CGCAAAACUCUUUUACAUCCAUCAUGACAGUUACCUCUUCCGCGUACUAUAGCUCCUCAAAACUGUUGACUAUUAUUGUUAAAAUAUUCCUGUAUCAGUAGUUUCCCAUGUCAGUCGAAAAUCGGGCGUCCCGCUUUCCCAGUGGAGAUCCUCACUUAAAUAGAAGAACGUGAAAUAAAAAAAAAAAUAAUAAUAAAGAAAAACAUAUUGAGUUGUUAAAGAAUAAAAAUGACAAGGAAAAGAGAAAAAAUACUUUUAUCAAAAAAUUUUAAAAGGACUUAGAAAAGUAAGGAAAAUAUUCGGAACCUUUUACAUUCAGGGGUGGUAACUACACAACACGAGAGAAAAGAGAGAGCGAGAGCGAGAACACCUGUCCACCCGAAGCCAGGCUGUCAAUGAUAGUUGUAGCCAAUGAGAGGCGGCGUCGGAAUGCCACGUGACUCGUGUCUAGCCCGCAGCGGCGGUGCUGAAUGGUGGCGCACGGCCAACGGGCGGUCUGCGACUCCUCCGGACGCCGAGCGAAGGGAGCGGGAGGGUGGGGAGCAAAUUGUGACGGUGGGGACGGGGGGGAGCGCGUGCGCGACGCGCGUGUUUUAUUUGGCGGCGCGCGUGAGAGCGGCCGUCACUUCGGCACGAGCGUCGUUCAGGAAGCACAUGCAUCCGGCGCUCGCACACCCCCUGACCAGUGCUCUGCCCCCGUGUAUGUAGACGUCGGUGCCUCUUCUUCUCCCUCGGCAGCCAAUUCUAUCUUCUUGCAUUUUUACUUCUUGAAGGCGUCGGCAGGGCUACAACCUCCCCCCGGCCUCUUUCCCACCACCAGCGCCGUCGCCACCACCACACCCCUCGACUCCUAAAACAGCGCACGUGCGUGGCUAGCGACGACGACAACAACAACACGUGGAGGCUGAUGUCGGUGUCUGUGGCUGCACAUCUCCCUGCUGCCGCAACAUUUUGCAGCACGUGCAGUUCCUUCUAUAGGCACGUGUAAUUGCUUGCGAAGGUUAAAGUAAGGAACUUCCGGCUAUUCACGUGAAUGACUUAAUUUUUUUUUUUUUUUUUAAAGCGACGCCUUGAAAAACAAACAACAUAAGCAAAUACUAGGCUGACUACGUGUUUGAAUUCGUUUUGAAUAAAACGAAAACGUGUCUGUAAGUAAAUUUUCCGAGGCACUUCAGAAAAAGGUGGACACUUUCUGCAGUUAGGCCGCAGGCUGUGGGUUUGUCGUCCGUGCGGGACAGUCGGCGAGUUUUGUUUGUUGUGAGAGUGCGCGGAACUUGUGGAGAAUGAAGCGAAGUCUCAGCGACAGCGACUCGGACUGCGAUGUAUUCGACGAGAGGCUGAAAUCAGGGUCGCCGUCCCAAAGCUGUCAGAUAACAGACAGGAAGAAGAGACGCGGGAUUAUCGAGAAGCGUCGCCGCGACAGGAUCAACUCCAGCCUCUCAGAGCUCAGAAGACUGGUUCCUUCUGCCUUCGAGAAGCAGGGGUCAGCAAAGCUGGAGAAAGCAGAGAUCCUACAAAUGACAGUUGACCAUCUGAAAUUGCUUCAUCAGAAAGGAAUCACAGGCUACAACUGCGAUCCACACGCCGUUGCCAUGGAUUACCGCUACGUUGGCUUCCGGGAAUGUGCAGCGGAAGUUGCGCGCUAUCUGGUGGCCGUGGAGGGCUUGGACCUGCAAGACCCCUUACGCAUGCGCCUUCUGAGCCACCUUCAGUGCUACUCGGCGCAGCGCGAGGCCGCCGCCAAAGCCACCCUGCAGCCUGUGCCUCCCGCCUGGCCCCCGGCUCCGCCCGCCAUGCAUCCAGUGCCCGUGCCCUCCUUCAACGCGCAGUACGGCGCCAUGGUGCCCACGGGCGGGCAGGCCUCCAGCACGCAGGGCACAGACGCCCACUCCGUCAUGACAUCGCACGCGGCGUCGUCGUCCUCGGCCUCCUCCGUGCUGAACGUUUUCAGCGACUCGCGCCACAUGGCGGGCGACGCCAGCGGCGGCCUGGGUUCCCUGACCGCACACCACGCCCGCGGUGGACCAGCCGUAGCCAUGACGACAACCUCCUCGGCAGCCGCCUCGCAGCCGCAGGCCAUGUCACCGCCGCUGAUCCACUCCCUGCCGCAGUUCCACGCUUCGCAGUUUCCGCCGCAGAGCAUCAUGCCUUCCGCGUCGCACGCGCCCUACUCACACGCUCACUCCGCGCAUGCGCAGAGCGCCGGCCUUCAUCCUUCCGCUAGCGUCAAGCCGUACCGACCAUGGGGCGGGGAGCUGGCCUACUGACUAGCCGACUAGUCUGACGGAGGCAAUGUGAUUUCUGUCGCCAACAGGAAGAUUGGGGACUUGAAGUUUGCAUAAUGAUCUCCAGCGCUUUCGUUGCGUGGUUUGUUCGCGAACAUUCGAACGCAAACCUGCAUGAUGGCGGUGAUCUUAUUACAGGUGAAAAUAUGAACAUCAAACUGUGGAAAUAAUUGUGUAACCCGUUUAGUCAACCGCGUGAACCCCGACAGACAACGUAGGGAAAACAAUUAUCGCGUGAGCAUCGUGUUCUUUCUUCGCACCAAUUUUUUUUUAAACAUGGACUGCAGUCGCAGACGGACAGACCUUGUCUGUAAGAGUUUGCAAAUCCUUUUACUUUUCUCUUCGCAUUGGUCUGGUCAUCAUAGACGAUUGUCCUGACAAAGAAGGGGGGGGGGGGGAAAAAAUCCCCAUAAGGACAACCACAGGUUGCAAAAGAAAAUAUUUUCUUCCGUGACUUUCUCACUGAAUCGUUACUCCCGUUCUAAACGCGAUUGUCAAGCGAUUUGCUGACCAAACAUUGUACAAAGGUCGUUUAAACGUUGUGGCAAAGCCGUUAAACUGUUGAAGUGACGUAACGUUAUGUAAGUGCCUGAGUUAGGUGCCUUUACUACGCACGCAUUGUGCUUCCCCUCAUAGUGGCUUAACAGGUUCAUCGUUACCAGUUGUUUAAUUAGUGCCUGAUAUUUAAGUCUUUUUUAAUUGAUGAUGUUUCCCAACCAUUCCUCGAAUCAACGAAUAUCGGAUUUUUGAUAACUCGAUGUACCAGUGAACUUUAAUAAGCUGUUCGUCAAAAUGGUAACAUAAUCUCAGCAGCUAAUUGUUUGGUUACAUUUUUUAUUAAAAAGAUGGCAUUAACCCUACAAACUGUGGUGUUGCUAUGGCAAAUAAGUGGCUCUCACCACGAUGUAUUUUGAAAAGUAACAAUGCCUUCUUGUUACCGGACAGAUUUUGUGAAAUUUAUGUCUUGAUGUUAUAUCAUCAGUGAAGUCUCUCUCUGAAACACAAUUUUAUAUCAGGAGGUUGUGGCUGAGUAGGUGUUUAGUAUAGCCACCUAACCACUUUGUCACAUCUUCUGUGUAAUGAAUGAUGCAGAAAAAUAAUGAGGAUUUUUUUCCUUUAUGAAUACUUGGGUCUAGUCUGUGAGUUGAUACUGGAGUGCAAUCAUUUCUUAGUUUAUUGUUUAAAAAGCAAUUAUUUUGAUUUACAGCAAUGCAAGGCUGUGUACAUUUUUUCAGUUUACUGUGACUUAUAAAACACAUGAAAUCAGUAUAUACAAUAUUAUUAUGCAAUAUUUUUAAUCCAUGUUAUACAAUCAUAUUCAUGAUAUGCAAUAAAUCUUCAUUUAUAUAUUAAUACAAAUAUUGUUCAUCGAAUCGGAACAAAUUUUUUUCCUUCCUUUCAUUCAUUUUUUUGUAAAGUAUUAAAUUACACGGUAUGUGUCAUUUAAUUGUGCAGUAAAUGACGCUCUUCAGAAAACACCGACAACAGUUCUGAAAGAUCUUUUCAGACAGAAAAAGGCUGCUUGAAUGAAUAGCACCUUACAUGAAAGGAUGAGCAGAAACAGUUUUAGUGCUCUGUGUUUAUUGAUACAUUAACUGAUUGAUAAACAAGCAUUUUCGGAAAUCCAAGGUUAAAAAUAAAACACCUAUGCUCUAGUUCAUCAAAAAAAUAAACUAAGUGUUAAACAGGUAUGAAGUCAUUAUUAUAGCAAGUGUAAAUUAAUUGCUGAAGGAAGUACAAACAAUUUAUCCCAUGCAUUUGUUACACUGAAAACAAAAAUAAUCUCAGGAUUAACCUAUGGAAAGACCUUCAUCAGGUCUAGUGUACUCUAAAGCAUGAGAGUAGCAUGCUAACAGUACACAAAAGUGUACAGUUCAGAUUAGGACAUAGACGUUUUCAUCACUUGUAAUCCAGGCUGGGCUGGAGGUCACUCAGUAGGAACCCUGAAUUCAUGAUAAUACCAGUGAAUUGCUAACUUUCGAGGACAUCUUUAGAUGUUGGUCAGAAGAAUUUUCACUGUUAUUGUAGUUUUAAUAGUACACUUAAGCUUUUUUUUCCAGUGCUGAAUACUGAAUAUACUUAAAUGCAGAUAUUUAACCUAAAAAUGAGCCAUCAUCUUUCCACAAGCUGCACUGCAUGUGACAAUCUCAGCUGUACCUAUAAAAAAAAUAAACACUAUUCAUUUACAAAUGAUAAAACCCCAUUGUGCAAGAUGCUUAACGAAAAAACCC